AUGUCUGACGAGGCACCACGUAGAAGAAAAUUUAAAGCUGGUCGUGGAACUGGUGAUAAAGGUAAAAGUUCACUUUAUACCAAUGAAAGACGAAUGAAAAAUGAUCCAGUAUUUCAAGCAUUAGGUGCAUGUGAUGAAUUAAAUUCUUUUUUGGGAAUUUGUCGUGAGUUUGCUGGACAAAAUACUGAACUUUCUGAUGUUGAAAAUUUAAUUUCAACAUUACAAUGUUGUUUACAAGAUGUUGGGGCACAUAUAGCUACACCACAAGGAACUGGUAGUUUGAGAAAACAAAAUUUAACACAAUUUGAAGAUUGGUAUCCAAAUUUUGUUGAUAACAAAAUUGAUGAAUUUGCCGAAAAUCUUCCACCAAUCAAACAAUUUAUACUUCCAGCUGGAGGAAUUUUAGGAUCCCAUUUACAAUAUGCCAGGGCUCUUGCAAGAAAAGCAGAAAGAAAAAUGAUUGAUCUUCAUAAUGAAGGUUCAAUAAAUGAUAAUUCUAUAAAAUUUAUGAAUAGAAUGAGUGAUUUAUUAUUUGUUCUAGGAAGAUACGCAUCUGUCAAAACAAAGAGCACAGAAAAAUUGUACCUUAAACCCACAAAAAUGGAUGAUGAAACUAAUCUUCUUUGGAAAACAAGAGAUUUUUCAAAAAAUGAAACAUAA